AUGGUAUGCAUUGUAGUUAUUAUCACCACAGCACCUUAUCCAAUUAUUCAUCGAGCAAAAGAGGAAAAAUGUUUUAUAAAUCCAGUGUCAGGAGAAAAACAUAACUUCCCAACGUUGUCCGAUCCACACAGUGUUCACUUAAGCGUUGUUGUACCCGCCUACAACGAAGAAGUGCGAUUACCUCCAAUGCUGGAUGAGUGCCUGGAAUAUCUACAGUCUCGACCGACAAAAUUUAAAUAUGAAGUUAUCGUUGUCAGUGAUGGAAGUACAGAUAAAACUGCCCAGGUUGCAAGAGAGUACACAAAAAAAUAUGGAACUGAUAUUGUCAGAGUUCUGGAAUUAAUUACCAACCGAGGAAAAGGUGGUGCUGUGAGACUGGGGAUACAAAAUUCACGUGGUGCUGCUAUACUGUUUGCUGAUGCAGAUGGUGCCACAAAAUUUUCUGAUCUUUCAAAGUUAGAAGCAAGUCUCAAUUUGUUGACUGGAGCUGAUUAUGCUUCAAAUCCUGAAGAUGUGUCUGGUAAAGCUGCAAUUGUGUGUGGAUCUCGUGCCCAUCUUGAACAGGAAGCCAUUGCUAGUCGUUCCUAUUUCAGAACUAUCUUAAUGUAUGGCUUUCACUUCUUGGUGUGGUUUUUUGCAGUCCGCAGUUUGCGAGACACUCAGUGUGGUUUUAAACUUCUUACCCGAAAAGCAGCAAAAGUGUGCUUUGCCAACAUGCAUGUGGAAAGAUGGGCCUUUGAUGUAGAAUUACUGUACAUUGCAGAAAGGUUGAAAAUUCCAAUUUCAGAAAUUGCUGUUAAUUGGACUGAAAUAGAAGGUUCAAAAGUUGUUCCAGUUUGGAGUUGGUUGCAAAUGGGAAGAGAUCUUUUUCUCAUUUGGCUUCGGUAUAGGAUAGGUGCUUGGAAAUUAGCUGACAAGUCAGAAUAAAUUUCUAUGUUUUGAAGCAUGCCGUUUCCAUGUAGGGGCAAUGCAAAAUAUUGAAACAAAAACUAAAAUAUUAUAGAUCCUGGAGAAAAAGAUUGUUUUUCUUCUUAAAUGUGUUGGUACUUCAAAUAUCUCUUACAAAGGCAGAUAUAUUUCUAAGAACGAACUAUUUUUCUUCCAUUGGUAUUCUUUCUUCAGUUCUUCAAAUACCAUACCUGACAAUGACGUAAUGUUGUUCUAUCUGUAUGCAUUUAAAUACUUAUAACAAACACUUCUUGAAUCUUUGGUGUCUUGUUUCAAGAACUUUGUGAAAAUUGCCAUGACAAUAAAAGAGCAGAUCGUGUAAUAACAGAGUCUGCAAUGAAAACUGUGUAGAAAACUGAAGUUUGCAUUGAAACAAUGAUUUGUAAAGCACAAUUUCUUGUAGGAAUCUAAAUGUCUCUAGAAUAAGGAUCACUGUUUAAAUACAAUUUGGACUGUCAGUGUACUACUAAGUGAGAAGUGAAUUAAAUCUGCAAAAUUAUUUGAACAGACAUCAUUAAGAUAUUUCUGUGUUACUGGUCUUCAAUUCUCCUCUAAACAUUCCUUUCCCAUAAUAGUUACUGUGAUGAAACAGAUUUGAAGUUAAGGCAUGUUAAAUAAAGACUAAGAAGGUUGGUGGGUUUAGCAUGUCUUUUUCAAUUGAUCAGCAGUUUGAGGAAUCUGAAAUGUUUCCUAGUCACUUGUCCGAUUUGGGUAAUUCUUUUCAAAUUCAGACUUAGGAUUGAUGCUUCACCCUCCCAAGUUGCUUUCACUUUGAUUAUUCCAUUUUCUUUCCUUCAUCAUAACAAAUUAAAUAAAAUUUAACUCAGUGGCAGCACAUUGGAUAGACAUUGUCUACACUGAUGAAUAUGCACUAGAUAAUACAGUUUACCAAAAAUGUAAUUUAAUUUACUAUGCCUAUUGAAGAAGUAUUUUUCAUCUGCAAAUACAAAAAGGAAGCUUUCAUUAUAACAGUACAUGCUAAUUCUCAGUUCAGCUUGAAGUGUGCCUGUGUGAUCAGUCAUGACUCUUCUCAAUACAUCAUCUCAAGUUCUGGUUUGGCACAUGUAGGUUGUCUCGCUUAGGGAAAUAUUCAGAGAAAAUACCACUGAAUGAGUUUUAGAAUAUAAGCAGCAGUUGUGUACAGUGAAUAUUCCUCAUCUGAGUAAAGUCAAUUACUCUUCUCUCAAUUAACUCUGUUAUAAGAAAAAAAAAUUGAAUGUGUCAUAUUGUUUUCACAUACAUGGCUUUUGCUGAAAGUCACUAAUAAAUUAUUA